UCUUUUCUGAUGCACAUGCGCAGUUUUUUGGUCUACCUUGGACAGCUGUAGGAGAAAAUGGCAGCGUUCAUGCUAGGACAGCAGGCUCGCCAGCUCAGCACAUCUGUGAUCAGACCUGUUGCAAAGCUGGUUAGGCCUCCCAUCCAGAUCUAUGGAGUGGAGGGCCGCUAUGCCACUGCUUUGUUCUCUGCCGCCAGCAAGCAGAACAAACUGGACCAAGUUGAACAGGAGUUGGGGAAAGUGUCUGUCCUGAUCAAGGACCCCAAGACGGCUGGUAUUGUAUUGAACCCACAUGUCAAGCGCAGCAUCAAACAGAAAGUCUUCAGUGAUUCUCUUGCAAAGGCUAAGCUCUCCCCUUUAACUGUCAAUCUCAUCAAUGUUUUGGCUGAUAAUGGUCGUCUUACUCUAACUGCCGAUGUUAUUGGAGCCUUUGGCAAGAUGAUGAGUGCUCACCGUGGAGAGGUCCUCUGUUCAGUCACUACUGCUCAGCCUCUCGAUGAAGCUAAUCUGGCUGACCUGAAAGUGGCUCUUAAAGGUUUUCUACAGAAGGGAGAGACUAUCAAGCUGGAAACAAAGACAGACUCGUCCAUUCUGGGUGGCAUGAUCAUCAGUAUUGGAGACAAGUACGUGGACAUGUCAACUAAGACAAAGAUCCAGAAGUUGACUCGGCUGAUCAGGGAGACUUAAGUCCUGUGGACUCCACUUUGCGAUGAAGACCAUUGGGGGGAAACGCCGAGAAACAAAUAUUACUACUUGUCCUAGCCCUGCGAUUACUCCAUCAAUCCAAUGUCUGUUCUUAAAUUGAUAUACAUGUUAAUAAAAACUUCAAAAAAUGA